UCUUAUUUUAAAGUCAAGCACUCUCAAACGUUUACCAAACGAAGCAAAAUUUAUACAGUCCAUAGCAUUAAUAUUAUUGUAACAUAUUUUAAUAAAAUGAAUUCACAUAUUAUUGUAAUAAUUUUUUUAAGUCUUUGUUUUGCAUCUAAUUUUUCUGAAUGUAGUAGCUCUGGAAAAAAUAUUAUAAACUCAACUUUUCCGAAUUUAUCAGAGAUAGAAGAAAUACAGGAAUCUAGCAGCUCCGGAGAAUAUAUUGCUGUAUCAGAGAUAGAAGAAAUAGAGGAAUCUAGCAGCUCCAGAGUAAAUAUUAUAAAACCAACUUUUCGGCCUUUAUCAAUGAUAAAAGAAGUAGAGGAAUCUAGCAGCUCCGGAGAAAAUAUUGAAAACUCAGAUUAUCCGAAUUUAACUCCCCAGGAUAGAGAAGAAUGUAUAAUCCAAUUUAAUGACAGAGGUUGUAUUGAUCGAAACAAUCUCAUAGAAUUAUUAAAUAAUAUUUCAUCGGUUAAUAAAAAAUUAAAAACACAGGUUUCUACACAAAUUAUGAAUAUGCCAGAAACCAAACGUUUUAGUCUAUCAGAUGUGUUUAAAUAUUUAAAUCUUCAUAAAGAAAAAUCUCCUUUUUAUUUAUCAAAAUUAUUUUUAUGCAGAAGUUUAAAAAACAUAAUAGACUAAAAAUUAUUGUUAAGACAGCAUGCAACUCAAAGACAACACCAUGGAAUAUUAUGAAUUAGAAAUAAAUUUUAGUUGUUACAAUUUAAUCUUAUUUAAUAAGAUUAAUUAAACUAAAUAUAAAAUGUAGUACUUAUAAUUAAAAAAUGAUACAUUUUAGUUUUGUGUAAAGAAUAAAAUUUAAAAAAAUAAAACAAAUAUAGUAUUGUUCAUCAUUA